CAUUGGUACGAAAUUGGUAGAGGUCAACCUGAUUUAUAGCACAGUAGCAGAAUGGUGUUCUACGAGGAGAUAUUGUCUUUAGCCAAUAUUCCAACGAUAAUUUUGUUGUCCAUUUUAUUUCUUUUUUCAUUAAGACUUCUCAAGUCUAACAAGCUACCACCAGGCCCUUUUGGCUGGCCGAUCGUCGGAUCUAUCCCGCACAUCGACAAGGAGUCGUAUUUGACUUUUGACAAAUGGGCAAAAGAAUAUGGCGACAUAUACACAGUGAAGUUAGGCUGGACCACAGCCGUGAUUUUGAAUAGCUUUGACGCUAUAAAAAGUACACUGAAAGAUCAAGGAGAUAAGUUUAUUGACAGACCACGUUUACCUAUCAUAGAAUUGGGUUUUACAAAAGGAGGUGUUGUUUUCGAAAAUGGACCUGCCUGGAGUGAACGACGGCGUUGGAUGUUUUGCGUUCUACGUAAUUUCGGUCUUGGAAAGAAAAGCUUAGAAAGUCGGAUAAAUCUUGAAGCAGAUUACUUAUGUAAAGAAAUUAAUAAAAACUGUAAUUCAUUUAACCCAUUACAUAUUGUAAAUAAUGCGGUGUCUAAUAUUAUCUCUUCUAUCAGCUUUGGUGAUAGAUUCGAAUACAGUGAUCCGAAAUUUAAAGAACUUUUGGAUACGAAUCGAUAUUUGCUAAAACAUUCCACUUUUGUGGCCCCUGUAAACGCCAUUCCUGUAUUGUUCUACACACCAAUGUAUAAUCGCUUUCGUGAAGUUACAUCAUCCUUAAUAGCAUUUAUUAAUGAUAGUAUUCAACAACAUCAAGAGACUUUCGACGCCGGCAAUAUUCGUGACAUCAUUGAUUCGUGCCUUGCGGAAUUGGAGAAGGAGCAUGUUGACUCGAAGCUGUUCGCAAAAGAUACCUUAUGGCGGACUCUCUUUGAUCUGUUCAUUGCUGGAUCAGAAACGACUGCUACUACUAUUAUGUGGACGAUUCUGUAUUUGGUAAAGUACCCGGAAGUUCAAGAAAAGUUACAACAAGAGGUGGACGAAGUUCUAGGUCAGGAAAAGAAACCGACAUGGGGCGCUCGGCAGUCGUUGCCAUAUCUAGAGGCUACAAUAAUGGAGGUACAGCGGCUUAGCAAUGUUGCCCCCCUACUUGCACGAUCUACCAGUGAAGAGGUUGAAAUAAACGGUUACAAGCUCCCACCUGGCUUAACUAUAUUAGCAAACUUAUGGAACGUCCACCAUGAUCCUAACCAAUGGGAAAGGCCUUUUAACUUUGAACCAGAGCGAUUUUUAACAGACGACAAAAGGACUAUAAGGAAGCCAAAUGUGUUUAUUCCUUUUGGUGCGGGUCGAAGGAUGUGUAUUGGUGAGCUUUUGUCUAAAAUGGAAAUUUUCCUUUUCACUGCUAACCUUAUUCAACGGUUUACGUUCGAAGUUCCCGAUGAUAAGACAACUCCUUCGGUAAAUGAGUGUGUACCUGGUUUAACCCGGUCUCCUAAGCCAUAUGAAAUAUACGCUAUCAAACGAUGAUAUAUUUUCAGACACUUGCAAUUGUGUGCCUUGAGCAUAUAACAAAAACCCUGUCAUGUUAUAUUAUAUUGUUUUAUAUUAUUAUAUUAUUAUUAUAUUAUUAUUAUGUUACGUAUUAUAUUAGUGAUCGUUGACUGUUCAUGUUAAGCAGAUUAUUAUUGUGCACCACAUGUUAUAAUGAUAAUUGGUAUUAAACAUAAUAAUGAAAUCAAUUAACGUUAUGAAGUAUAAAAUAUAUAUUUAUAUUACGAAUUAUAAAUUGUGUAAAUUGUUUAGAUGUGUUGACAUUUUUUUUAAGUGACUUAUGGUGUUGUCAGAGUACUUCUGCGCUGUUUGUCAGCCCCUCGUCGGGGCAGAUCCUCCCCUCGUCCCGGACCACUGACCCCCCGUCGGGGGAAAUCCUGAUGCUACCUCUGCUGUUUGCUAGGGUGGAAUUAUGCAUAGAAUAUAGAUCGUUCAGUCAGAAUGGAGAGGAAUAAUAAGAGAUAUAGGCCUGUAACAAAAAAAUUAGGUAUUGUGUGGCGGUGCAAAGACUGUAAAGCGGUAGAGACAAAAGAAAGUUUAGAUUGAAGAGGACGAGAUUAGUAAUACAGUAAUCGUGAACGGUUUGUAUCUUAUAUGAAGUAUAGUCAAAACAAAUAAAGUAUAUUUUGUGACAGAAAACGUAAAA